UCUGGCGCAGUUAGCACCUGAAGGUACAGGGGUGAUGGCCACUGGAGGUUCUACCCAGCUCUGCCUAGCACUGCUGCUCAUGUCUCUGGGUGUCAUACUGACAGCCACUCAGAAAUCUGUAGUGUCCUUGGACCCACCGUGGAUUAGAAUAUUUACAGGAGACAAAGUGACACUUUCAUGCAAUCGGAACAAUUCCCUUCAAAUGAACUCUACUAAAUGGAUCCACAACGGUAUCAUCUCUAAGGUGACAUCUUCACAUUGGGUUAUUGAGAGUGCCACCAUUCAAGACAGUGGAAAAUACAUAUGUCAGAAUCAAGGAUUUUAUAAGAGUAAGCCUGUGUAUUUGAACGUGAUGCAAGAGUGGCUGCUCCUUCAGACAUCUGCUGACAUGGUCUUAGACAAUGAAUCCUUUGAGAUGAGAUGCCAUGGCUGGAAGAAUGGGAAUGUCCGCAAGGUGAUCUACUACAAGGAUGACCGUGCUUUCAAGUUCAAUUAUGAGAACCCCAGCAUCUCCAUUAGAAAGGCCACACUCAAUGACAGUGGUACCUACCACUGCACAGGCUACCUUAAGCAGGUGGAACGUGAAUCUGGCAAAUUCAGAAUUGCUGUAGUAGAAGUUUACAAAAGCGAGUAUCGUUGGCUACAACUAAUUUUUCCCUUGUUGGUGGUGACUCUGUUUGCUGUAGACACGGGAUUAUUGCUUUCAACCCAAGAAGAGUUCAAGUCAGUCUUGAUUCAGAAGACUGGAAAAGGCAGCAAAGUUAAAACCUAACUCCUAACCUAGGAGCAUAAAGGAACUAAUGUCAUUGCUGAAGAAACAAUUCUUAACAGUAAUUUUCAGCAGAAUCCUCAAUAGCUUCUCAACUGUCAAAGGCCACUCACGCUAUCCAUAGAAAAGUGUGUUCCACAGGAAUUACAUAAAUGCUUCAUUAAACCAACUGCAGCUGGUUAUAUGACAUGCAAUAAGUAGCAAAAACUCAAUAAACACCGUCUUAAUACACUA